AUGGCGCCCAGCAGCGCGGCCCCGCCCCUCACGCGCCCUCCCCACCAUGGCGGCCGCCGCAGCCCCGCCCUUUCCCCUGACCUGCCCAUGAUGGCGGCGCUCGGUCACAGCAGUCCCGACAUGGCGGGCGGCGCGCAGGCGGGCCCGGAGCCUGCCCGUGUAGUGGAGGCGCUGGAGCUGCUGCUCGGGCCGCCCAGUAAUGGCGACAACGCUGCCGAGCCCGGCCCGGAGACCGCUCUGUGCCCGGAGACGCUGCGCAGGAACGCGGCGGCGCUGGAGGAGCGGCUGUCAGGGGCAGCGGGCUGGGCCGCGCUUCGCGAGCUUAGGGCGGCCGUGCUGUCCCGGGCGCCCGCGCUGGCGGCCGGGGUGGCGAGCACGGAGCCGGGCUGGGCGGCGGCCUGCGGGCUGCUGGCGCUGCUUCUGUGCCUCAAGGAGCGCCUGGCCGCGCUCGCCGCUUCCCCCUCCGCCACCCCCGCCGCUCCCGGGGCGCCGCCGCCGCCCGGCGCCGAUACGCUAAGCGUGGGGCAGGAGCGGGCGGUGCGGCGGGCGGUGCGGGCCGCCGUGGGGCUGGGGCUGCUGCCGCACCUGCCUUCGGAGCUGGGGCCGGGGCCGGGGCCGGGGCCGGGGCUGGGGCCGCCGCCCAGCACUCGCGGGAUCCGGUUGUUCGCCGUUGUGGCCGCGCUGGUCGAGCUGGCCCGGCUGCCGGCCCUGGGCGCCCCGCUGCUCGCCCGGCACCUCCGUCUGCUUCUGUUCGGGCUCUGCGGGCUGGGACACGGCCCCGCCGCCCUGUGCCAGGGUAUUUCGGAAGCAGAGCGAGCGCAGUGCCGGGAAGCCCUGAGGGAUAUCCUGGACCGUGUUUACCAGCCGCUGGCGGUGCAGGAGCUGCUCGUCCUGCAGGGACAGCCUAAGCAGAGGUCUCUGGGUGCCAGGGCAGCUCCAGCCUGGCUGCGGCGGCUCUGUGGGCACCUGCUCUCCGAGAGGCUGCUGAGGCCUGGCGGGGUGCAGGCCGUGGUUCGGGGUAUCUUGGAGGGCACAGACGGUGGUGCUAGUGCUGAAGCAGCAGCUUUGGACUGGAGAAAGUGUGAUGCAGUUGGGAAGAUCCUGGCUGCCUGCCCACAGCAGUGCCUGUCCCUCGAGGACUACUACAGACAGGUGUGCCCCCAGAUUCUGGACUUGCUGCACAUCCAGGACAAAGUGGCAGCACGGCAGUUCCAGCGUGUGGCCACCACCACGCUGCUCACCAUGGCCAGGGAGCAGCCACAGCUGGCAGAGAAGCACCUGCUCCAGCCCCUGCUGGCACCGCUCCGUCGCUGCUCCGAGGCUGCAGAGCUGGCACUGGAGGAUCUGACAGCAGGGGCUGUGCUGGUGCCAGAGGCAGAGCUGGGCAGCUGUGUGGAAGAUGUGCUCAAGGUGUAUGUGGUUGGGAAUGACAGCUCGAGCCUGCUGCUGGGAUCCUUACAGUCAGUCCUGGGAGUGGUUUUUUCCCUCUAUUCCUUCGCCAAGCAGAAUGUGUCAUACUUACGCUCCCCGUGCCAGGACAUCCUGCUGUGGUUCCUGGAGAAGGCAGAACGGGAGCAGUCCCUGGCUGUGCUGAAAGGCCUGGCCAGGCUGAGCAGCCACGUGCCCACCCUUCACCCUCAGUGCCAGCUCCGUGUGGGCAGCGAGGGCGGUGCUGCCAUUGUCCUGGAGGAAGCCACCAGCGAUGAAGAUGAAGCCCUGUACCAGAAGAUCUCCUUGGAGCAGUGCCAUGUAGAGAGCUUGGUGGAGCUCCUGUCCCACUGCCAGAAGAGUGGUCUGGCUGGAGACUUCUUCAUCCACUGCCUGAAGGAGCUGACUCAGGUGGCUGCGGAGGAUGAGGCAGCUCCAAACCCAGCUGUGCAGCCUGCAGGGAGUUUGUUGGAGCUGGAGCAGUCCCAGGCCAGGCAGGGGAGGAAGCUGCUGGUCCUGCAGCUCGUGGCUGCGCUGUGUGAGGGCGUCUCCGACACCGUGUUCACUGACAUUGUGCAGGUGCAGGAGUUCCUGGCAGCCGUGCUGCACCGAGCCUGUGCCCACCCUGCGCAGGGCCCCGGCGCAGCGGCCGAGGCUCAGACCCUCGCCAUGGCCAUGGGGCUCGUGGCCGCCGUGCUCGGCGGGGCCGUCCAGCUCAAAUCCAGCGAUUUUGCGGUGCUGAAGCGGCUGGUGCCGCUGCUGGAGGAGCUGUCCCGCACCUACCCCGACCCCCUGACCCAGGAGCUGGCCUCGGACCUGCGCAUCGCCAUCUGCACCCACGGCGCCUGCUCCCCUGGCACGGUGGGCUCUGCUGCCGACAGCGUGCUGGGCAGGAAGCCUGGCAUGGCAGAGCUGCUGGUGUCAGCCUACGACCCCCAGCCCCCCAGCCGGGCAGCUGCCCUGCGCCACCUCGCCAGCCUCGUCACCCAGCGGGAUCCAGAGGCACUUCGGCUUCAGGAGAAGCUACUGCAGGUGUUUCUGGAGAAUGUGCAGCACGAGGAUGCCUUUGUCUACCUCUCAGCUAUCCAAGGCAUUGCCCUGCUCUCCAGUGAGUAUCCAGAGCGGAUUCUGCCCGUCCUGCUGGCACAGUACGAGCGCCCAGCACAGGGCACGGAGGAUGCCAUGGCUGCUGUCACCAGGAUGAAGCUGGGCGAGGUGCUGAUGCGUGUCACCCGGGCGCUGGGGGACAUGGUGUUCCAGCACCGGGAGCCGCUGAUUCGGGCCUUCCUGCGAGGUGCCCGGGAUCCCGACAGUGCCCUGAGGGCCAGCAGCCUCUCCAACCUGGGCGAGCUCUGCCAGCACCUCGGCUUCCAGCUGGGAUCCAUCAUCCAGGAGGUCACCUGCUGUGUGACGGCCAUAGCUCGGACAGACCCUGAGGCUGAAGUGCGAAGAGCCGCUGUGCACGUGGUGGUGGUGCUGCUACGAGGGCUGAGUGAGAAGGUCACUGAGGUGCUGCAGGACGUGCUGCGGGACCUGUACCGCCUGCUGAAGCACGUGGUGACGGCCGAGCGCGACGCCGCGACGGUGCUGCACGCACAGCUGGCCCUGGAGGAGCUGGACACCGCCGUGAGGAGGGUCCUGUUCCCCCCACAGACGCUGGAGAAGAAGAUCGUGGUGCUGCCAUAGUGGGGCUGAGCCCGUGGAAAUGAACUGUUCCUGCUCAGGGCUGGUGGCUCCCCGAGGGAAGGGCUCGCUGUGCCCUCCAGGAUGCUGCUGGCGGUGUCGGAUGGUGGGGGGGAAACCUCGCUGGAACGAGGUGUGGGAUUAAACAGAGACAUCUCAGCCCUGUGUCUGUGAUGUCUGUGAGGCCACGU